UGUGCUGCAGUCACUGUAAACAACUUUCUCACAAAUUGCGUGGACAAUUUGCUUUUUUGUAAUUACUUACAAUAAGAAAAACAUAAAUUUAAGAAAAAUGAAAGAACUACCACUGCCAGAAGUACAACAAUUGAUACAUGAUAUUAAAUUGAAAAAAGUUGAAGGCUCCUUCAAUAUAACCACAAAAUCAUUGGAAUUAUUUAAAAAUUUAAUAUUGAACACUAAAUGGCAACAUGCAGAGGAACUAAUGAAAGUGAUACGCACCCAGGGGCAUAUUUUGCAAUCAGCUUUACCCCAAGAGACGGUGGCCGCUAAUAUGACCCGUAGACUGUUAAAGAUUAUAAGGGAAGAAUUUGAUGUAUUACAAGCCAAGGUCCACCACUUUGCUGAUGACUCCCAAGCGACUUUAUCAUUACAUAAAUUGGUAACACAAACCAGUGAAUGUGAUAUAAGUGUGGACUAUGCGAAACCAACAUCGGGUCUCAAAGAUGCUCUCUUAGAUCAUUUGCAGGAAAUUGAAACUGAAUUGGAAACAAGUUGUGAAAGUAUUUGUGCCCAGGCUGAACAACAUAUACACUCAACGGAAGUGAUACUAACACUAGGACACUCAAGAAGUGUAGAACAUUUCUUGAAAAGAGCUAUUAAGAAAAGACAGUCCUUAACCAUUAUCAUAGCUGAAUGUGCACCAGCUUGUAGAGGACACAAUUUAGCUGCCAGUUUAGCAAGCAAUAGUGUGGAAAUUAUUGUUAUACCCGACUCAGCCAUAUUCGCCAUGAUGUCUCGCGUUAAUAAAGUUAUUAUUGGUACCCAUAGUGUUUUGGCUAAUGGUGGUCUUAGAGCAGCCUGCGGUUCUUAUACUGUGGCCUUGGCUGCUAAAUAUUAUUCAGUUCCUGUUAUUGUUUUGGCUCCCAUGUAUAAAUUGGCCCCGGUGCAUUUGUGUUCUUAUGAACAGGAUGCUUUCAACUCAUUGGGUUGUGCCGAGGGUGUGUUGCCCUAUGACUCAUCGGCUGCACGUUGUGCCAAAAUUUACAGUCCCAUUUUUGAUUAUGUACCACCCGAACUGGUCACUUUGUUUAUAUCUAAUACUGGCGGUCAUGCUCCCUCUUAUGUUUAUCGUUUACUAACUGAACUGUAUCAUCCUGAGGAUUAUGAAAUUUAAAAAGUUUUUACUUUUUUCUUAUAAACUAAAUAAAGCAAAUUCAAUUUGUUUGAAAAUAAA